CGGACGACCGGAAGCGGUCGCAAAUUUAAACAGCCACCGCAGCAACAAUAAAGGCGUACUUUCACUUUACGGGCAGUCUGAUGAAUCAGUGUUUGGUGAAAAAUUAAACUAAAACCGAACAAAGGAUUUCUUUAAGGUGCCAACCUAACAGACGUAGUCCAAGCUGAGGGCAGAAGGAUGGAAGAAGAAAUACGGAUGGAGACAGAACAAGGAGAUGGUGUGAGCAAUGAAGGAGAGCCCAGUGUGGACAUGUCCAACAACAAUCCAACUAAAAGAGGAAGGGGGAGGCCACAAGGCUCAAAGAAGCUGAAAGUUUGUGUAACAGACGUAAACCUAAUGGAGCUGGUCUCAGGCAUUUCCAAUGGUGGGUCUACACAGCCCCAGAGGGGAAGAGGGCGUCCAAAACUCUUGGGCACAAAAAACACAGUGCAGGAGGGAUCAGGAGACGACCAUGCUGAUAAUUCUGUGCAAACUCAUAGAGGUAAAGGGAGGCUGAAAGGGUCCAAGAAACAGGCCAGUAAUGGAGACAAUACUUUGUCAGACCAUUCGCCUAAGAGAAGAGGCCGGCCCAAAAAGUCUUUCAGCAAAAGCACCCCUGAAAAGGCUGCCACUGAAAACUUACCAAACGGUGGCUCUGAUACACCAAAAAUGGGAAGGGGUCGCCCAAAAGGGUCCAUAAAGCGCAAGUCAGAAAGUUUAACAAGUGGUGAGGAGGAUGAAGGUAGUUCUGUAAAACCUAGGAAAAGAGGUCGGCCGAAGGGCUCUAUCAAUAAGAAACCCAGACUGGUGAGAGACGCAAGCAGUGAGGGGGAGGCAGAAACUGAUGGAAGCCUUAACUCACCAAAAAGGGGGAGAGGUCAGCUCAGGAAGGCUGAGGUGAAUAACACUGGGAGGACGACACAAGAUACAUCGAAUGGUAUCUCAAACAUGCCUCAGAGAGGGAGGGGAAGGCCAAGAAAAAGUAUACAACAAAAGAGCAGAGAUCAACAAGAACUGGUCACAGAUGGUUCCCAGCCAGCUAAGAGGGGAAGAGGCCGACCCAAAGGCUCUUUAAACAAGAAACCACCUUCAUACAAGGUGCACAGUAAGAUUGGCCGGCCUCGGAGAGUACACAUCCCACCCACAAAAGGGAAGCGUGGUCGUCCAAGACAACAACCAGCCAAAAGGGGAAGGCCAAGGAAGUACCCUCUGCCAUCACCUGAGGAGCUGAAAAAGCCAAAAGUAUGGAAGCCGCUUGGGCGGCCGAGGAAAUACCCACGUGUUGAUCCUCCAGAGGGAGCUCCACCAGUCCCUCGCAGAAGCCGCGGUCGGCCUCGCAAGUCUGAUUCUAAGAAAGGUGCGCACUUGCGUAGGAGUUCGCCUAACACUCCAUCCUCGCCACGCAACCCUGGUGAUGGACCCGGGAGAAAAAUUGGCCGCCCCCCUAGCACUGGAAGAAGUGAGGAUGUCAUGCCACGGAAAAGGGGCCGCCCCAAAGGUUCAGUCAACAAAAAUAAAGCCAGUGAAAGUGAAACACCGCUCGACAGUGCACUCCCCACUGCACUCGACAGUGCACUCCCCACUGCACUCGACAGUGCACUCGACAGUGCACUCCCCACUGCACUCGACAGUGCACUCGACAGUGCACUCCCCAGUGCACUCCCCAGUGCACUCGACAGUGCAGUCGACAGUGCACUCCCCAGUGCAGUCGACAGUGCACUCCCCAGUGCAGUCGACAGUGCACUCCCCAGUGCACUCGACAGUGCACUCGACAGCGCACUCGACAGCGCACUCCCCAGCAAUUCAAAAGAAGAGAGUAUAUCAUCUGCUGUUGGGGUGGAAUGUGAAGGAGAGCCGGUAGAAGAGGAGGUGGAGCGUGACACGCAGACGAUUCCCACCGAACACGGUAACAAUACUGAAGAAACGCUCAUCGAACAGGAUGCAGGCUUUGAAGUUAGUAACCAGGCUUGAUGAACGAUCCCGGUCUGACCAAAAAAGUUGCUGUAGUAGUUGCCGUUUAAAACAUAGAAUACAAUCUUUGUCAAUGAAAAAACACGUUUUUAACAUUUUGUCAGUCGGGUAGGCUAGAUAUUCAGCAGUUGCUCUCUUUUCCUAACUAACUUGUUCAUCUAGUUUUACUGUGCUUGAUUAUUUUUAAGAAACUUUAUUUCUGUCAUCUGAGUAAGCAGUAGUAUUAAUAAUCUUUUACUAGAACUGGCAUGUAGAGUUUAUUAUUAUAGACUGUUCCAGUUUUAAUUUAGCUGUCAGUGUUUGUCAGUUUAAAUGUGACAGUAAAACAGUUGCUAGGGAAUGACUUGGAGGGGAAAAAAGUCCAAACAGAUGCUGGAAAGAUAAGAAAAAAAAGAACAGUGAAAAUAUAGAGAGCCAAAGUCCUGGCGUCACAUUCGGGCUACGGCCUCUGUUCCACCAGCUUCUGUAACUGUAAGUGUAAUCUCUCAUGUCUUUCAUUGGUAUUUCUGGAAAAAAUAAAAUGUGUUUCUGGGAUUUACUUUCCAUAUUCUUGGAUAAGCUACCAUAUGAAUAUAGGGUAAUAUGCGCAAUAUUUGCUAACUGACAUCCACACACUCUUCCUUUUGUAAGGUUAUGUAAAUCCCCUUGAGUUUAAAAUGAGCCAGCAAAAUAUUUUUGUGUUUUACAGGAAGAGAGAGUAGAGGAAUAUUGACAGAAAGAUACUAAAAAUUAUUUUUUUAACCUAUAUUUGGUACAUAACAAGAGGUGAAUUAAAUUUGGACUCGAGAGGGCAACCCAGUUUUCAGGGUGCAUACCACAUGGGUGCAAAACGUCUUGAGCAAUGGUCCCCAGUUCGACUCCCGUCCAACUGGGCCACUACCGUGCUGCAUAUCAUUUCUCUACUCUCUUUCCCUUUUUUUCCCUGUCUGUCUCCACUUUUGGUAUCUAAUGAAGGUAUAAAAAUUCCCCCAAAAAUUGACACAAGGACACAGGAUUGGAACUUGCAAUAUGUGGUUUUUUUAAAUUAAUUAAUUUACUUUUUAUUUCACUGUCUUUAAAGGGGCUAUAAUAAUUAUUUUUAUAAUAACAUCAUAUCAAAUGAUUGUGAAAACAAUGUCACAGUGUGAAAGGGGACUCUUAUGUUUAACCUACAGAGAAUUAUUUCCUGAAUCUUCCCUCUGCCUUACAGAGCUUUAUAGUGAGUUUCAGCUCAUGUAAAUUUACUGUUGUGGUUCACUCUCACCACUCUUGUAGCAUCUUUUUCAGUUGUUUUUGAGACACUGUACGCCGACUGCUGUCCACAACGCAGCGCACACAGAAUCAGUGAGCAGCUAAAGAGCCAGACAUUACCCCCAGGAGUUGAUAGAGACCAAAACCAGAGCUAAAAGAGAGUGAAUUUUGGACUUACAUUCACUAAACUUGACUCCAGAUGAAUGAAUGAUCAUGUUGCUCCAUAAGUGCUGGGUAUGUAAAUAGUUCAACACUAUCAACUUAAAAAGCGGUAGUAUUUCAAUGUUGUGUCUCCGCUGCACCAAAGGGGCUAAAAAAAACGGUUAUAGCAGAUCCAUGAUGGUCUGUGGCUUAUGAGAACUUAAGGGCAGGUUAAAACAGAAAUACUGACAACAACAAUUUUAAAACCAGACUCUGUUCUGAGACCAGACUUUUACUUACGCCUUAUGUGAUUUCUGAAUGAGGUGGAACAGAAGCCGUAAGCUGCGGUUUCACUUCGGCUCUCUAUUGAGUAUCUGUGGGGAGAGUUUUGGGGUUUUGAAGAUGAAAUAUGUCUAAAGGAUGUCCUUGUUUUUCUUGAUGCUAUUUUACAGUUUAUCAUGUCAUCAUAUUUGUUUUGCCUUAAUUGUCAAAGCUUUGAAUGUACCAUCAGUUUCCAUUGAUUUCAAUCAAUGAGUUGUCCUUCUCAGAGCAGCCUCUCAACUUUUGUUAUGUGCAUUCCUCGACUGGACGACGAGCUCCGUAUCAGACGCCUUCCCGCCGCUUAUAGUCGCCUUCAAGAUUUCCUCCUCCACUUGUAGCAUUUACUUUUUUUAGUUUCUGCUGUUAUCGAGUUGCAGUCGUUUUUUCACCCUUUUCUCUAUUGUUUACAUGUAGCUGUGAAACCUUUUUUUUUUUUGUCUUUUGUUUUUAUAACUUGGGACUGUCAUGAGAUUAAAUUCAAGUGACUGGAUUGAUUUCACAAAUAUUAAUUGACUUGUUUUUGAGCACCUUGUGUAAAAAAACUUGUGUCAUGACUUGCAGAUCGUUAUUCCAGAUAUUAACACCUUUAUGUUUGGGUCAAACAAUUGAAGUUUCCAAAUGCCAAACUGUGCUUCUGUGUGUCCAGUUAACAUAUGUAAAAUAAUGUGAGAUUAGGAUGGAAAUAGCUUAAGGUUUUUUAAAAAAUCACAAUGAAAUUCGAUCUGGCUCUGUGAAGUCAAAUCAUUUUAAGUGGACAUAUUUGGAUUUUGUGUGUUUUGAACAAGAAGCUGAUAAUUUGUGAGAUUAUGGUCUUGAAAUAAAAUGUUGAUCUUGCCGUUUUA